GAAUAUGCCAUGGUUAUGUACGAGUCAGACAUUCUCAGAUGCCAAGUCGGUUUAAGCUAACUCUCCUUUCCUUUCAUUUUAUUUGCUUCCACAUGCACUCUUUCUCUUUCUGUCCAUUUUCUCUGCUUUCGCCUCCGCUUUAUCUCUAUCAGGAUCCUGGAGCUUGUCUUGGAGGUGGUUUUGGCGCUUGCAAAUUCUGGUUUAUUUACGAAAAUUUUGAAUUAAUUGUUGUAAGAGUGAACUGUUGCAAGAUUGUUCGAUGGGUUCUGAUAGGUUACUUGAUAGCCUCAGAAUGGAGAGGGUGAGGACGAUUUUGACACAUACUUAUCCUUACCCACAUGAGCAUUCACGUCAUGCCAUCAUUGCUGUGGCUGUGGGUUGCCUGUUCUUUAUUUCUUCAGAUAACAUGCACACUCUAAUAGAAAAGCUGGACAAUAAUGUUAAAUGGUGGUCUAUGUAUGCUUGCCUACUUGGUUUCUUCUAUUUCUUUUCUUCACCAUUUUUAGAGAAGACUAUCAAACCCAGUUAUUCAAAUUUCAGCCGGUGGUACAUAGCUUGGAUUUUAGUUGCAGCUCUGUAUCAUCUCCCCAGUUUUCAAUCAAUGGGAGUAGAUUUGAGGAUGAAUUUAUCUUUGUAUUUGACAAUAUAUUUAUCUUCAAUUUUAUUUCUGCUUGUCUUCCACAUUAUUUUUCUUGGAUUAUGGUACGUUGGUCUUGUUUCUCGUGUUGCUGGAAAGAGGCCUGAGAUCUUGACCAUUCUCCAAAAUUGUGCAGUUCUCAGCAUAGCCUGCUGUGUAUUUUAUAGCCACUGUGGUAACCGUGCUAUCUUGAGAAAUAAACCACUUCCAAGAAGAAAUUCUAGUUGGUUUUCUUUUUGGAAGAAAGAAGAGAGAAAUAAUACCUGGCUUGCAAACCUUGUCCGCAUGAAUGAAUUAAAAGAUCAGUUCUGUUCAUCUUGGUUUGCUCCAGUUGGUUCUGCAAGUGAUUAUCCGCUUUUGUCCAAGUGGGUCAUAUAUGGUGAGUUAGGUUGUAGUGGAAAUGAAUGUGUGGGUUCAUCAGAUGAAAUCUCUCCUAUUUACUCGCUAUGGGCAACUUUCAUUGGGCUUUACAUUGCCAAUUAUGUUGUAGAAAGGUCAACAGGGUGGGCUCUUUCUCACCCAUUGUCAGUUCAAGAGUAUGAAAAGUUGAAGAAAAAGCAAAUGAAGCCCGAGUUUUUGGAUAUGGUUCCUUGGUAUUCAGGAACAUCUGCUGAUUUAUUCAAGACAUUAUUUGAUCUCCUGGUAUCAGUAACUGUGUUUGUUGGUCGCUUUGACAUGCGGAUGAUGCAGGCAGCAAUGAGCAAAGUUGAAGAUGGAGCACAACAGGGAGAUCUUUUAUAUGAUCAUUUUAGUGAGAAAGAAGAUCUAUGGUUUGACUUUAUGGCUGAUACUGGUGAUGGUGGGAACUCAUCUUACACUGUUGCUCGACUACUUGCCCAGCCUUGCCUUCAGCCUACUGGAGGUGAUUCUGCACUGUCACUACCGCGUGGAAACUUUCUCCUUAUAGGAGGGGAUCUUGCAUAUCCUAAUCCAUCAGCAUUCACUUAUGAGAGGCGUCUGUUUUGUCCUUUUGAAUAUGCUCUACAGCCCCCUCCUUGGUAUAAACAAGAGCAUAUAGCUGUGAACAAGCCUGAGCUACCAGUUGGGGUGUCUGGACUGAAGCAGUAUGAUGGACCUCAGUGUUUUGUCAUUCCUGGAAACCACGAUUGGUUUGAUGGACUUCAUACUUUCAUGAGGUACAUUUGUCAUAAGAGCUGGUUGGGUGGGUGGUUUAUGCCCCAAAAGAAGAGCUACUUUGCUUUGCAACUCCCAAAGCGAUGGUGGGUUUUUGGUCUUGAUUUAGCACUCCACAAUGAUAUUGAUGUGUACCAGUUCAAAUUCUUUGCGGAACUAAUAAAGGAGAAGGUUGGAGAAAAUGACUCAGUAAUCAUUAUGACACAUGAACCAAAUUGGCUGCUCGAUUGGUACUGGAAUGAUGUUUCCGGAAAGAAUGUCUCACACCUGAUAUGUGAUUAUUUGAAAGGAAGGUGCAAACUUCGAAUAGCUGGGGAUGUGCAUCAUUAUAUGCGUCAUUCAUAUGUUCCAUCAGAAGGGCCGGUUUACGUGCAACAUUUACUUGUAAAUGGAUGUGGUGGUGCAUUUUUACAUCCUACUCAUGUCUUUGCUAAUUUCAAAGAAUUUUGUGGAACAAAAUAUGAUACCAAGGCAGCUUAUCCUUCUCUAGAAGAUUCAAGCAGGAUUGCAUUGGGAAAUAUUUUGAAGUUUCGAAAGAAGAACUGGCAAUUUGAUUUCAUUGGUGGCAUUAUAUACUUUUUGUUGAGCUUCUCUAUGUUCCCCAGGUGUAAGCUUGGCCACAUCCUGCAAGAUGAUAAUUUUUCUGGUCACUUGUGGAGUUUCUUUGGCACUGUGUGGAAUUCUUUUAUGUACGUGCUGGAACACUCUUGUGUAUCAUUGGCAGGUGUUGUGGUAUUGCUAAUAGUGGCAAUCGCAUUUGUCCCACCCAAAAUGUCUCGAAAGAAACGGGCAAUUAUUGGAAUUCUUCAUGUUUCCUCGCAUCUGGCUGCAGCUCUAAUUCUUAUGUUGCUUUUGGAAUUGGGUGUUGAGACGUGUAUCAGACAUAAUCUUCUAGCAACUUCAGGCUAUCACACUUUAUAUCAGUGGUACCGAUCAGUAGAGAGUGAGCACUUUCCAGAUCCUACUGGCCUUCGAUCUCGAAUAGAACAAUGGACAUUUGGGCUUUAUCCAGCAUGCAUCAAAUAUCUCAUGUCUGCAUUUGACGUUCCUGAGGUAAUGGCAGUUACACGGAGUAAUAUUUGCAAGAAUGGGAUUGAGUCACUGUCAAGAGGGGGUGCUAUCAUUUAUUAUGCUGCUGUCUUCCUCUACUUCUGGGUCUUCUCAACGCCAGUUGUUUCUUUGGUUUUUGGAAGUUACUUGUACAUCUGCAUUAACUGGCUUCACAUACACUUUGAUGAAGCAUUUUCUUCACUUCGAAUUGCUAAUUAUAAGUCCUUCACUCGAUUCCACAUCAAUAAGAAUGGUGAUCUUGAAGUGUAUACGCUUGCAGUUGAUAAGAUCCCAAAGGAAUGGAAGCUGGAUUCUAAUUGGGAUGCGGAACCAAAGCAGCUGCAGCAGUUGAGUCACCAUCGGCAGUUUCCUAGCAAAUGGCGAGCGGCCACUUCUCAGUUGGACCCACUAAAUACUGUUAAAAUAGUUGAUCACUUUGUUAUUCCACAAACAGAAAACCAGAUAUCGGAGCAAGUAUUGGAUCAGUAAUUCACUGAUCUUGAUGCUCAAUAACAUAAAUGUAAUAUCAUCAUUUAGGAAGCAGUACACGGGGAGGGGAGAAGAAAAAGAAAGAAAAAGAAAAUUAGUUAUGGAACUGAUUUCCAUUUUUCAAUUUCUAAUUCCUGAUCAAUUAUCAGGCUGUGAAAUCGAGUAGCGUAGUUGUUCCUAUUUGUUUGGGUUUCACUCAAACCCAUUGUAUAUUGUAAUAUUUAGGCUUAUCGUCCUUUAGAUCAUUUGCAUGUCAAAAUGAAGUGCCCAUCUGAUGAUUAUGAUCUGUGUCUGUCUCAAUCUUAAUCAGACUCUUUUUUACUUUAAAA